AUGGUGAUGUCAUUCCUAGAGGUAAUUGUGGCAUCAUUCCUGGUGGUAGUGGUGAUUAUUCCUAGAGGCAGUGAUAAUGGUGGUAUCAUUUCUAGUAGCAGUGGUAAUAGUAGUUUCAUUCCUAGUAGUAGUGGUGGUGGUGUCAUGGCUAGUGACAGCAAUAGUGGUAGUGUCAUGGCUAGCAGUGGUAGUGGUGUCAUUCCUAAAGGCAGUGGUAGUGGUGGUAUCAUUCCUAGUGUUAGUAAUAGUGGUGGUCUCAUAUCUAGUGAUAGUGAUAACGGUGGUGCAAUUCCUAGUGGUAUUAUUGGUGUCGUUCCUAGUGGAAGUGAUACUGCUGCUGUUAUUCAAAGGGGCCGAGGUAAAGAUGGUGUCAUUCCUAGUAGCAGUGAUAAUGGCGGUGUCAUUCAUGGUGUGGCAGAAUUAAUGGUGGAUAAUUGUAUCAAUGGAAUGACACCACAACUACAACUACCUCGAGGAAGGACUCCACCAUUACCACUGCCACUAAAAAUGACACAACCAUUACCACUGACAGUAGACAUUCAUAUUUGUAGUUUUGGAUGUGGUGUCAUUCCUAAUGGCAGUGGUAAUAUUGGUGUCAUGCCUAGUGGUAGUGGUAUAGAUUGUGUCAUUCCUAUUAACAGUGGUAACUGUGUUGCAAUUCCAAGUGGCAGUGGUAAUGAUGGUGUCAUUCCAAGUGGUUAUAUUGAUCUCAUUCCUUCAGGUAAUGAAGGUAUCAUUCCUGGUGGCAUUAGUGAUGUUAUUUAUAGUGAUAGUGGUGGUGUCAAUCCAAAUGUGGUUAGUGGUGGUGGUAGUGUGAAUCUCAAUGACAGUGGAAGAGAUGGUAUUCCACGUAGCAUUGGUAGUGAUGGUGUCAUUUGUAGUUAUAGUGGUAAUGGUGUUAUCAAUCCUAGUUGCAGUGGUAGUGCUGAUGUCAUUCAUAGUGGCAGUAGUAGCGGUUGUGCCAUUCCUAGAAGCAGUGGUUAUGGUGGUCACAUUCCUAGAGGGAAUGGUAGUGUCAUCCAUGGUGGCAGUGGUGGAGUCAUCUCUAGUGACAGUGCUGGUGGUGGUGUCAUUUAUAAGGCAGUGGUAGGUGUUGUCAUACCUAGUGGCAGUGGUAAUAGCGGUGUCAUUUCCGUUAGCAGUGAAAAUGGUGGUGAUAUUUUUAGUGGUUGUGGCAUGUAUAUUGAUAUUGGUGGUGUUGGUGUCAUUCUAAAUGGUGAUAUAUUCCUAGAGGCAGUUGGUAGUGGUAGUGGUGGUGUCAUUCCUAGUGGAAAUAGUAAAGGUUAUGUCAUUCCUAGUGUCAGUGGUAUUGGUAGUGUCAAUCCCUGUGACAGUGGUAGUGGUGGUGCCAUUCCUAGUGGCAGUGGUUAUGGUCGUGUUUUUCUUAUUGAUAGUGGUGGGGGUGGAAUCAUUCCCAUAAGUAGUUACAGUGGUGAUGUCAUUCCAAUUAGUAAUAAUAUUGGUGAUGUCAUUUCUAGUGAUAGUGGUGGUGUCAUUCAUAGUGCCAGUAGUAGUGGUGUUAAUUUCGCGUCAAAAUAUUGA